CCUAAACUCCGCCUUGCAGCGUCUAGCUCGUAGUGAAGGAAGUGAAGUCAAAGUUGACAAAGUGUCGCCUGUCGCCAAAGACAUCCAGCCGUGGACUGGCGGAGGAUCGUUUCUUAGACGAAGGAAAGCGACGGAGGCUUCAGGUGUCGCCAUGGAGGCGCGCUGCUAGUGAGAACAUACGCUCGUUCAGCCUCCAUUUUUAUUUUAUUUUAUUUUUUCCCGCCGUGGAUUACAAAAGUGAAACACUGAAAAGUGGACCAAGACUGGACCUUUGGUGACGGAUUGUGUGAGAACAAUGAACGUGUCACAGCCAGAUAGCAGGAAACCAAUACGGGAUCUGCUUUUGGAGGUUGGCAUCCGAGUUCUGCUCUUUGGAGUUUUUGCAUUUACUGAAUUUCUAGAGCCCUUUGAAAGAGUCAUACAACCUGAGGAGCUUUGGCUCUACAAGAACCCGCUGGUUGAGUCCGAUCACAUUCCUAAGAGAGUCAUGUUCGCAAUCUCCUUCCUUACCCCGCUGGCUGUGAUAUUUGUUGUGAAGAUAAUUCAGAGGACAGACAAGACUGAAAUUAAAGAGGCAUGUUUAGCUGUUUCACUGGCGCUCGCUUUGAACGGAGUCUUCACAAACACCAUCAAGUUGAUUGUCGGCAGACCUAGGCCUGACUAUUUCCAGCGGUGUUUCCCAGAUGGUCAGGUGAAUGCAAAGAUGCUGUGCACUGGAGAACCACAUCUGGUCUCAGAGGGGCGCAAGAGUUUUCCCAGUAGUCAUUCCUCCUUUGCAUUUUCUGGCCUUGGUUUCACUUCCUUCUACCUGGCGGGGAAGCUGCAGUGCUUUACCAGGCAGGGUCGAGGUCGGAGCUGGCGUCUCUGUGCCACGGUGCUGCCCCUCUACAGUGCAAUGAUGAUUGCAUUGUCCCGGACCUGCGACUACAAGCACCACUGGCAAGAUGCCUUUGUUGGAGGCGUGAUCGGGCUGCUGUUUGCAUACAUCAGCUAUCGCCAGCACUACCCCCCCUUUCUGCACACGGACUGUCACCUCGCCUACGCCAGCCUGACUGCAACCGCUCACAUCACCCCGCCUCAACCCCAGGAGGAUCAGCGGGCCACUGAAAAUGCCACCACCCUCCCUCUAGAGGGCUUGACAGAAGCGCCGCUAUGACUAGUGGCCACCACCGAGACCACCCUCGCCGAACCAGAGAGCCCCCUCCACAUUCCCACUGACUAACUUACAUGGCUCCUGUGUACAUUCCAGAGGACAGUAAUUAAGCCACACUCCACCUCCAUCCUGUUCUAUACUGUCUAGGUCAGGGGUGUCAAACUCAUUUUAGAUCGGGGGCCACAUGGAGAAAAAUCUACUCCCAAGUGGGCCGCACUGGAAAAAUCACGGUACGAUAACUUAAAAAUAAAGACAACUUCAGAUUGUUUUCUUUGUUUAAAAAUAGAACAAGCACAUUCUGAAAAUGUACAAAUCACAAUGUUGUUGGGGUUUGUUUACACUUACAUGUUGCGGUUAAUAGUAUUCUAUCUUUAUUUGUCGUUAUUUAUAAUUUCUGAAUAAAUUAUGUGAUAAUGUUCAUCAGUCAACUCAUUGGUGUUCAUUUUCAAUCUAUCAAAAUAAAACAAAUAUAUCAAAAUCAAAUUGCAGGAUUUUAUUUACAUAGUUUGCUCAUUUUCCUAGACUGGUGCACUAACAAUGCACCAGUCUAGGAAAUCAUGUGUUUUUUUUAGUUUUUUUUUUACAUAUGUAGCAUCAUCUACAAAGAUACAAAGAAUUGCUAUGGCGGCAUCUAGUGGACACAUUUAGAACAGCUGUUUCUUUCAUUCAAAAAUUUCAGCUCAUUUUUAUACUUAGCAAACUCAUCCCACGGGCCGGAUAAAACCUGUUCUGUACGUUUGACACCCCUGCUCUAGGCGUUCACUUAUUUCUUCUUUGUGUGUUUUAUACUGUUGUUGCUUAGCAGCUGUGAACGUCAAUAUGUAGAUAUGAUAUGGGGAAAGAGCAUACGCAAUUUGAAUAUCUGAUCGGAUUUUUUUGUUGGUAAAGUUGUAUAUAUAGAAACAUACUUUGGAGCAGCUGGUAUUAGCUGUGCUGUAAUGUCAACACUAGAACGUGUUUUGCCUUAUUGAAAGGUGGUAGUGUGAAAUCAUGUUUUUGGGGGCUCACGGUGCUAAAUGUACAGAAUGAUUCCCCAAGCAAUGAGCACCCAUCCAACCGAUCACUUGGUAGACAUUUCUACAAACUCCUAGCUCUUUGACAACACAACCCACACUUAAUAAUAGUUUGUUUGUUUUUUUGUCAGAGAUGGAUCAAUAGCAUUUUUUUGUCGCAGU